UACGGAAUAUCAAUUACAGUCAUAAAUCCAGUUUUUGAUGGACUUUAAUCUGGUAUAAAUACUUUCUGAUAUUAUCUGUCCUUUAGGUUGUAGAAGGGGGGAGGCAAAGGUUAUGUGGCACCCUGUAUAUAUGUCACACUACGAUCACCAUUUUGCGGUUCAAUAUUUGCAUUAUCUAACUGUUAAUUAUUUACGAUGUCUGAAAUAUUAUUAAUACCUUAAAUUCUUCUUUUCCUUUCCUUUUCCUUCGUAGUUUUAUUCUUGUUUAACUAAACGUUUCUAUUACACAAAAAAUCUUCGUCAGUAGUUAAUAAGGUGAAACAAGAUGUUAUAAAACAAAAAUCUAAAAUAAUGAAAAACACUUAAAAAUUUAUUGUGAGUAAUCAACUUUUUGUUUUAUCCUCAAAUUAUAUCUAGUGUUUGCUGUUCUCAAAUUUAUACUCGUAACUUUCUCCUUGUCCUCUUUUUUACUUUCAUUUUCUUUUUCUUUAACUUUCUUAUAACUAACUCCCGUACCUUUUUUAAUCCAUUUUGCGAUCACUGGUGACCACGAAAGUGGUAAUGUUAAUUUUUUAUUGUAUGAUCUAUUAACCAAUGAAAUAAACUGACUCUGAUCAUUUCCUAGUAUAGACAUUUCUUUCACGGUCGAAGAUGACGCUAUCCUCAAAUUGUAUAUCACUGUCUUUACAGUUUGACGCAUGUUUUGCAAUUUCAGAUAUUGUUAUUCUUUUCUUUUUUACACAUCUUUGAUGUUGCUCUAAACGUACGUAAUUAAUAGAUGAAAUACAAGAAGAAACUCCAGUUAGUUUUUCAAAUAUUUUAAUAGCAUCGUGUCUUAUUUUAGAAUGAUUGAACCAUCAUCAGGAUAUAACAUUGAAGACAAUGAGACAAUUCAGCCUAAUCUUCUCGAAUUUCUAAAUAAUUUAACUAAUGUACAAGCAGUAAUAGAAAGAGUUUUACCAUUAAUACCUAAUCAAUUAGAUGAUUCUGAAUUAAAACUUCAUUUACCACGAACAGUUACUAAUGAUCAUCCUAAUGGACCUAAUAUAACUCAUCAAGCUGCAGAUUUUAUAUCCUCUUAUAUUUCUCAAAAAAAUGAAGAAAAAGAGUCGCACCGAAAUAUGUUAGUAGGUCUGAAACAACGUCAAGAAUCUAUGAAACAAUUUUCAAUUAUCCAUCGCAGGAUCAAUACGAAUAAAAACCGAAGAACGACAACAACAAUCAUCUCACGAAGAAAUAACUGA